AUGUCUCUCGUCAUCGUCGUCUCGCUCCUCUUGCUCUGCGCAUCGCAGCCGUCCGUCUUGGCGCAGAUGCCCAACACGCCAGGUGGGCAGAUCGGCGGCGAGGCGGGUAUCGAGCGAGCCAUGUCGCUUUUCCGAUUAUGGGAGGAGGCCUACGGAUUGAAACACGACGUCCACAUGCCGCCCUCAAAAAUCACCUUGCCGUCCAUCGUGCCGCCGGCCCCGCACCUGGAGGAGUGCGAGGCGCUGACAGCGGCGAGGAAGGAGUCGGAGAGACGCGAAGGCAACGGGCAGCCUCGUGUGUGGGCGCGGCCUGUUAAUAACUGCCCCGAAUGCAACCCGCAACCACCAUGGGUGCGCGGAUCCGACGCGGACAACCUACCGCUGACGCGCGUGGCGCAGCGGGAUCUGUGGAAUCACCAGCUGUUCCCCGGUCGCUGCGACGGCAAGCGGCUGCUCGUCGUGCCGUGGCCCAAAGGGUCCAGCCACGGCAUGGGCUCACAGAUUCACUUGAUGAGCACUUUCCUGAGCCUGGCCUUGAUCCACAACCGCACACUCGUGCCCACGCCUGAAUCGUACGACCGCGCCCACUCCGAGACAUGCAAUGCCACGAGGACGGGCGGGUCGUGGAAUUGUUACUUCUUCCCAAUAGUGAAUCCCGACUGUGAGCGCGUAGUGACGGAUAUGAUCGCCAAGAGCACCAUGCCGGCCAUGUCCUCGGACCCCAAGGGCCACAAUAGCCUCGCUGCCUCGGCCGACCUGGUUGUUUACCUUGACUCCAGCGCUGACCGGCAGAUGACCUACGAGUCUGGCGCUUCCAAGGUCUCCCGCUCCUUACCUCUGCCACUCACUCUCCCUCCCUCCUCCUCUCCCACUCUCCCCCUCUCCCUCUCUCCAGCACUCUCGUACUCCUGCACUCCCUCACACCCCUCUCCCCUCCCCUCCUCCAUGUUCCUAUUUGCUUCCCAAGCUCAAAGCCCCACCCCCGCCCCCCACUUCCCCAGGCUAUGGGGCGAUGCGUACCUGAGGGCUCCGAAUGUGCUGGAUCACAUGGGGGAGCGGCCAUAUGUUAACAAUAUAUACCUCAUGGUGAACUGGUGGCGAUCCCAAGCGUCGCGCUUCAUGAUGCGCUGGCCCUCGCCGCACAUGUGCCACGAGACCAACAAGGAGCGCCACAUGGCCUACGGCCUCCACACCGCCUCGUACCUCUCGCGCUACCUUGAAACACAGGCCGAGAUCAUACGGGCCGUCGCGGGCAAUGUAUCCGAGACAGACGAAUCCAAGAAGCUUGUCGGGAUCUCCACUGGCCCUCCGGGGCCCAUCGAGACGCAAAUGUGGUCUGUCCGGGGGUUCAAGGGGUGUAAUGAGACGUGCAUGAGUGCGGCGGAUGCCAAGGCAAUUAAGGAUAGUUACGCAUCGGUGGGAGGGGAGCCGUUUGUGAUGCGGCCGAUCGUGAGUGUGCACGUGCGGCAGAGCGACAAGGGAACUGAGAUGCGCCUGUCGUCGUUCGCCACGCACAUGUUCCUUGUGCAUCGGCUGCGGCGCUUCUCGCCGGACCUGCGAUACUCUGUGGUGAAGGAAUCAGCCUUGUACACUGAUUGGAGGUUCCUCUACUCCUCCAACUCGCGCCAGCAGGAGGAUUCCAGGUCUAACCGCGAGUAUGAGUUCAAGCAGUCAGUCACAGCUAGUUUCGCGAGCGCUAUUAUUGCGUCGCAGUGCGAUUACUUCGUGGGUGCGCUCGGGUCUAACUGGAGCCGACUGAUUAACGAACUGCGCGGCACGAACGGGCGGUUGCUCGCCGGUUUUUUUACAGUCAACAUGGGGGACUGGUAG